AUGGUACGAUUGCACUGUGCACCUGUCAACGUCACGCUACUCGCCAUCUAUUCUCCAGUCAAUCCAAAUGGUCAACAAAUGGCUAUUAAUGCAUCUGAUCGCUUCUACGCUGAUUUACAACGAGCCGUCAACAAAACUCCACCAAGUGACCUUCUAUUGAUUAUGGGGGACUUCAAUGCAAGAGUUGGCAAGCAACAACACCAAACAAGUGACAAUGUGGUUGGUCCACAUGCAGUCGACCACAUUAAUGAGAAUGGCAAACGGCUGGUUGACUUCUGUGCAGCAAAUAAACUCAUCAUUUCAAAUACCUUCUUUCAACACAAAGGAGUACAUCAAAUGACCUGGAUGCAUCCUGGAAAUAAAAAAUGGCACAUGCUUGAUUAUACUCUUGUCAACCGUAAAUUCCGAUCAAGUGUUGAAGAUGCUCGGCGUCCUCGGAAUUCUUGUGUACGAAAGAGAUGGGAAGAUAAGAUACUCGAUGAUCUUGAUCAAUGUCAAAUUCGGAAUUGGCGAAAAGUGACUCUCGAUCGCGACAAGUGGCGAGAAACUAUAAACAAGAAUGCACAAGUCAAGCCACCAUCGACAAGUAUUACAGAAACGGUUCAACAUUUCAAACAACGUGCUCAGGAUCGAAGAACAUUAGCCAGAAACGGAUCUCCACGUAAAGUCACAGAAAUACUUACUCGAACUGUUAACAACAACUAUAAUUGCCCGAGAUGCAAGAAAUCUUACAGACCACAAGGAAUCACCAAUCAUGUAAGAUCAUGCGCGAUGGAAUGGUGCAAGCAAAAUGGAAUUCAACCGCGAUAA